AUGGCGUCGGCAAGUCAGACAGGAUCCUUCGAGGCGCGAAGCGCGACCGUGUCGCGCGUAACCAACGAGACCAAGAUCGAGGUUUCGCUCUCGCUCGACACGCACCCGACACUUGCGCCGCAGACGAUCAACGUCAAGACGGGCAUCGGCUUCCUCGACCACAUGCUGCAUGCGCUGGCCAAGCACGGAGGCAUGUCGUUGACGCUGGCGUGCGAGGGCGAUCUUUGGAUCGACGACCACCACACUGCGGAGGACUGUGCACUUGCACUGGGUGCUGCGUUCAAGAAGGCGCUUGGACCCGUCAAGGGCAUCAAGCGCUACGGCACGGGCCAUGCGCCGCUGGACGAGGCGCUGAGCCGCGCGGUGAUCGACAUCAGCUCGCGCCCCUACUGCGUCGCCGAGCUCGGGCUGAAGCGCGAAAAGAUCGGCGACCUGAGCUGCGAGAUGAUCCCGCACGUCUUCCACAGCUUCGCCAUGGAGGCGGGCGUCACGCUGCACGUCGACUGCCUGCGCGGCGACAACGACCACCACCGCUCCGAAUCGGCGUUCAAGGCUCUGGCGCUCGCCAUCAAGGAGGCCAUCUCCAGGACAGGCACCGAUGACGUCCCCAGCACCAAGGGUACGUGUAUUACCAGUUCGCUGACCAGACUUUCGGAAAUCAAAACGCAAAGACUGACCUAUGUCUUCUUGCCUAUCGCCUUUGACUCUUGUCGCACACGGCUGGCCGAGACCUCCAUCGCCAUGGGCGCAACGUCGGGACCAUGCUCCAUUCUGAUCGUGAUGGCCAUCGACGUCACUCGUCAUGUCAGUCCUACACUGCCCGUUGCAGCUCGUUCUACGCUGCGCCGCCUCUCGUUCACUCUGCUCACUCUGCAGCAUGAUGUCAUCUCGCAUCCUCUCUCCCGCACCCCUCCAAUCACUCCUCCUCUUGCCUUUGACAACACCCAUCCUCUCUCCUUCACCUUCCCAAGCCAUUACCUCUCCUCCUUUGACAAUUCGUCCGCUGCAGCAUCGCAUCCGCACCGAUCCCACGCGCCGUCGGAAGCCGCACAACAACACCUCAUCGUCCUCAUUGAGACGCGUCUGUCUGCCACCCAUCUUGCCGCUUUAGACCCUCUUGGUCUCGGCCUCAUCCGCCUCCGUCAGAUUCAGCCGUCUCAUCCUUUUCAGUAA